CUCAUAAUUUAUCCACGGUGGUUUGUGUCAUUUAUUCUUGUCAUCUUUCCCUAUGCUUUUCUCCUGAACUAGUAAUCAAUUGACGUACCUCAAUCCAAGGAAAUUAAAUAUGUAUCAGGGAGGGAGGUCCCUCCUGUGGAUGGAGCGGCGGUGGCGUCCAAGAGUCGGGACGCCUGUGGGGUACACGCGGAGAGCCGCCAGGGGCGGCCGUCGGGGGAAGAAGACCGCCGAAGGCGGCCACGGUCGCGAGGCGUGGCCCCUUUAUUUCUCCUGUGGUGCAGCAGGGGCCAAACUCAUCCAGUGAGGGGCCCGCAAAUAGGGCACAUCUACCGCGGCGGGGGGGGUCCACAGUAAGACCUGGCGAGCGUCCUAUAGACCGCGGACCUAAGCCUUCCCCCCUUCCCCCCUACUAUACGGGGGAAGUGCGUGCUUGCUCCUAUGCGUGACGCCACGCGCCUGACGGUCGGCACAUCCUUGGGAGACAUGACGAUCUGAGGAACACCCGCGGAAGACCUGACGACCUGAGGAACAUCCGCGGGAGGCCUGACGAUCUGAGGGACAUCCGUUGGAGACCUGACGAUCUGAGGAACACUCAUCCGCGGGAGACCUGACGACCGGCGGCACAUUCUUGGGGGGCCUGACGAUCUGAGGGCCAUCUGUGUGAGGCCUGACGACUUGGGCGCCUUGAUGAUCUGAAGAACAUCCGCGGGACACUGAUGACCUGAGGAACAUCCGUAGGAGACCUGACGAUCUGAAGCACAUUCCUCGGAGACCUGACGCUCUGAGGAUCAUCCGCGUGAGCCUCGACGAUCUGAGCCUGAGGAACAUCCGGGGGGGCCUGAUGAUCUGAGGGCCAUCCGUGGGAGACCUGACGAUCUGAGGAACAUCCGGGGGAGACCUGACGACCCGAGGAACAUCCGGGGGAGGCCUGACGAUCGGAGGGCCAUCCGUGGGAGACCUGACGAUCUGAGGAACAUCCGGGGUAGACCUGACGACGAAGACACGACCACGAAGGCGCCAGACAAUGGCGGCGCCGUGGGGAUGAGAUAUAGACCGAACCACGACAACAAAACAAGCCACCCGCAAAGGCGACGCCCGGCGGCCCAUCCAUGGGAACGAUAUGAAGCGAGGCGCAUGCUCGCAGCACCCUCGCAGACACCUCACCCACCACACAGACAACACACCGCCACACCUUCCCACUGUCACGCGUCGCGCCGUCCUAAGUCACGCUGUCGCAUGUGACGACGCCACACGCCACGCCUUGACGUGUGCCUGACAGUGGCACUGCUUGCUAUAUGUCGCGGCGGCGCGCCACGUCCUAAGCCCCGCACCAUUUGACACGCCCCACGCCCCACGUCACGCGCCCCCCGGCCGUCACAGCCUCAGUCAUGCUCCUCGCGGAUAAUCCUACGCGCGUCACGCUCCUAAGCGCGUGACACCCUCGCGCGCGUCGCUAAGACUCUCACACGCGUCACACACGCUCCUAAUCGCGUCACGCCGUCACGCUCACGCGUCACGCUAAUACCAACCCCCGCGCGCGUCACGCGUCACGCUGGUGCUCCCUCGUGCGUCACGCUCCUCAGGUGGAUAGGAUGGACGCUCGCAGGGUUCCACGGGGGUCCACCCUUGCUACCUUUUCCAGGUCUGUAGGGUACAUGCACCACGGCAAGGGGGUCCAGCCUUGCCACCUUUGCCAGGUCUGUAGAGUGCAGGGCACAUCCACCACGGCAAGGGGGUCCCGCCUUGCCACCUUGGCCACCUUCGGAGCCCUUCCACCCCCGGCCUUCGGUGCUUCAACGGCCUCCUGGCUGGGGGCUCUGUAGGGUCCAGGCAAGAAGCCGGAAGGGGUCGGAGGUGGGCGCUUGGAGGCCUUCUUGCCCGGCAGUCUCUCGCGAAAAAGGGCCAGGGGCUAGGUAGAGGCCCCACCCACAAAACCUCGAAACGCUCCCCUCGAAGAAAUCGACCACUGCCGGCGCGUAUUAAUAUAAUCCUGAGCUCAUGUGGAAUCUGAAGAGGACUCAAAAAAGAGGUAUCUUUGAAGCCGCACAAUAUUUUCUGCCCCUUACUGUUGGUGCAUGUUGUCGGUCCCGAGCCCGACCACCGCCCGAAAGGACGCGACUCAUGGAGGAGACGUUGCUUGUUUCACCCGUGUCGUUGGCGCCGCAAGUGACUACGUGCGUGCUUGAAAUUAUCUCUCAAGAUUCUACGAUGAACAGGAAGAUGAAG